AUUCAUAAAAUGCAAAAAUUAAUAUUUAUAAUUUUUUUUCUCUUUCAAUCCUAUAUUGUCGGCGGAGACGAAAAUUGCUCCGAAAUUAUCAAACGGAACCAAUGGACUAAUAUAAAUGCAAAAAAUAUAAAUUAUUUAAUUAUUCCUAUUCCAUAUGUUAUAAUUCAUCAUACAGUUACUUCAGAAUGUAAUUCCAAAGAUACAUGUAUUUAUAAUAUCGAAAAUAUUCGUUCUUAUCACAUGGAUACCAAUGAAUGGCAUGAUAUCGGAUAUUCAUUUUUAAUUGGUGGAGAUGGAAAUAUAUACGAAGGUUGUGGCUGGAAUCAUGAGGGUGCUCAUACAUAUGGAUAUAAUAAAAAAUCUAUUUCAAUUGCUUUCAUAGGAAAUUUUCAAAAAAAGAGUGCAAGUAAUAAAAUGCUGAAUGCUGCACAUAAAUUAAUUCUUUGUGGUAAAUCGCAAGGAAUACUUAGAGAAGAUGUUCGGGUAAUCGGGGGUAAACAGGUUAUAGCUACGCUAAGUCCUGGAUUUGAACUUUAUAAACAGAUUCAAAGUUGGCCUGAAUGGGUUUCUACUCCAUAAUCAUCCAUAAUUUUAAUUAAAUGUAGUAAACUUAUUUAGUAAUUACUAAAUGAUGUUUUUUAGCAAAUAAUAUAUUUAUAUUAUAUACUUUAUUUUUUAAUUUUUAUCAAAUAAAUUGAUGCAUCAUAAAACCAAA